CAGCCAAAUUCUCCAACUCAAAUUCAAAAGAAUAGAAAAUUUCCUUCUCAUAAAGGGUUUUGGGUUUAGCUGUAUUCAUUUCACGGUGCGGCAGAGCAGUAAUCCCAUGUGGUCGGUUGUAAGAUCUCGAAGCUUCUCUUCUUCCCCUGCAACACAGCAACAAUGGAAGCUAGGGUUUUCAAUGCUCAAUCGCUCUCUAUCGUCCGCCGCCGUCAAUGACGGCGACGUUGAAGAAAUCCGCGGCGGAGAGUUACUGAAACUGGAAGAAGUGGAGACAAUCCUUAAAGACGUUAAAGCUGAUAACGUCAAAGUUAUUCCUAUACCUAAACACGUUGAUUUUGCGGAUUUCAUGGUUGUUGCUACUGGUCGAUCGGCUUGGCACGUUCGGAACAUUGCUCAAGCCCUAAUUUACAAGGUUAAACAAAAGCAGAAAGGAUCAAAGAGAAUGUUGUUACCCAGUGUGGAAGGGCAAGAAGGGGGGAAGUGGAUUGUAAUCGACUCUGGCAAAUUAGUAAUCCAUGCACUUGAUGAGAAAGUGAGAGCAUACUACAACUUAGAGAGGCUUUGGAGCACAGAUGCAUCAAACCAGGACCAUGGUCUUGUCCAGGGUCAGGAUUUGGACAAGGCAUUUUUGAAGGUUCGCCCCAAGAAUAACUCAAAAAAACGUCCAUCAACAAGUGCCUGAGCUACAAGUUACAGCAUGGAAAAUCAGAUCCUUCAUGUUGGCUGGCAGAUGCAGCCUUACUAUGGAAGUAGCUUCUUUCAGGAAUAGCGGAGGAUUAAGUUGGAGAUGUUAUUAGUAGAUUUCCAUUGCGAGUUCGGAGUAUGACUUUUAUAAUGGUACCUGUGUAACCUUUGAGGUGUACAUUUUCAUUGUAUGUUACUGCCUGUCAGGUCGUGAUGUUUUCUUGUUGAUGAAAACAUUGGCUUGGUACAAGCGGAACUAAGGUCCAUAGCAAUGUUCAAUCUUCAAACUAUUUUUCUAAAGUUC